AUGUCGAUACGGCGUAAGCGUUUGAACUUUCUAGCUCCGGAAAGUGGCUGAUGGAACACCUUGCUGAAAUUCGGCUCCUUGGCCCGCCUACCCACAACUGACACACAGCGAUCGACCACACCUCCGUACAUCGACUCACCUCGGGGCAGGUGAUUAUUGAUUUACAGAGUGCAGGUAUGAUCGCCAUCAUGUUUGAGCUAUGAUGGGGUCUGUUGAAGAGAAGAACUGAUCACUGAUUAUGGCUCUGAUAGUCAAGGAGUUGCUCGACAACGCCCUCGACGCAGGCGCGACCUCAAUCCGUAGGUCGGCUUCAACCUCAGUUGCGAUGGCUCCUUUUGUAUUCUGAUCUUUGAUGGGAUGGUGGUUACGGAACCGACUGCCAGAGAUCUUGUUUCGCAAUCACGGGAUCGAGUUGGUGGAAGUGCAGGACAAUGGGCAGGGGAUCGAGGAACAUGAUUGGGCUUCGAUAGGUCAGUCUACAUAAUUCACGGGUACCGCUCUCCUCGAAGGACGAGGUAGUAGCUCGAACCAACACGCCUUUCCUCUAUCCGUUCAACCAGCACUCAAGAACCACACCUCGAAAUUGAGCGAAUUCAACGACCUCGGUACGAUUUCGACCCUCGGUUUUCGUGGGGAAGCUCUUUCCUCCCUUUGCGGCACCGCCGACCUCUCUAUGAUCACCUCCACACCCUCUACAACACCCAUCGCGACCCGUCUCACAUUCCUCCCUAGCGGUGAAUGCGUCGUGGGAGGGAAAGCCGCGAGGUCGGUCGGGACUACGGUCAUGGUCAAGGAUUUAUUUGCCGGUUUGCCGGUGAGGAGGAAAGAGUUUGAGAGGAACGCCAAGAGGGAAUUGGGGAAGGCGUUGGAUUUGGUACAAGCUUAUGCGUUGGUGAGGACCGGGGUCAGGUUCGAAGUGAAGCAUACGCUCAAAGGGUCAGUAAGAUCGCACUGAGGUUGAGGCUGAUGUUUCGUUCACGAGCGAUCAUCUAAUUUUCAGGCGCUUCUGUUCUUCCGUUCAUAGUAAAACGACAACCCAUCUUCAAACGACCAUCAGCCAAGACCUUCGGUCAAAUUUCUCCUCCAUUUUCUCACCCGUCGCAUUGAACGAUAUGAUCGAACUCGAUCUUGAAUUCGAAGUUUCUGCUGAGCAGAGCGCGCGUGCGAUCAGUAGGGGCUUGACUUUGGAUGGGUACGUCAUCCGACAUGGGCGGGGAAGAGUCUGAUGUUAAUUGUGGUGUUCAUGGUGCACAGACCUGUGCAAGUUGUGGUACGAGGCCUCAUUUCGAAACCUGCACCCGGCCACGGUCGCUCGAUCAAUAACCGGAGCUUCUACUACGUCAAUGGAAGGCCAUUCACAGCGACCAAGGUAGGAUCUUUCGUGAUCGGACGCUGUCCACGUGCUUAAGAGUGGUGCUGAUCAUAACCUUCGGGGUUUUUGGUCAGAUCUCGAAAGCCGUGACGGAGGUGUAUAGGAGGUUCAACACGAAUGCGUUCCCUUUCGUCGUAGCGGACUUUCAGAUGCGUGCUGGUAAGCUCCAGACUCGAUCUCAGCAUUCUUCAAAUAGUUCAAUUUCCAUAUGUAUUCGUGUUCUUGACGUACCAGAUGCCUACGACGUCAACGUCAGUCCCGACAAACGGACCAUCUUCUUGCACCAAGAGGGGAAAUUAAUCGCUUCGCUCAAGGUGCGUCCUUCCCCUCCGAGGACGGGUUUAGACACAAAUUCUGAUCUGGUUCGCGAAAUCCCCUACAGAACGCUUUGGAAGAACUGUUCUCCCCUUCCCAAUCAUCGUACCCUAUUACUCACCCUCAGCUAACGGUCUCGCCGAAAGAGAUGAAGUCUGAUCGAUCGGAGGUACAGUCAUUCAAACAAGUGGUUGAUCUGCUUCCGCCUAUGCCGACCUUGCCUGAACGUUCGACUUUCCUCGAUGGGGUGUCUGAAGAUGAGGAAGAGUCGCUACCUCAGGUCGAGAGACCGAGUAAGAGGUCGAGGAUCGUGGAGGACGAGGAAGACGUGGACGAAGAGGAGGCUGAGGUUAUCCUCGAUGAAGACGAGAUGGAGGUCGACGACGAACCCUCCUCAACGCAAGAAGAAGAAGUGAAUGAGUUAUCACUCUUGGAAGAUGAUUUGGAGGAAUCGCCUGCACCUUCCCUACCUGCGACCGAACCGUCGGGAACUUUAGAGCGUGCGGCGAGCGAGGAAGAGGAGUACGCACCUGCCAACAGCAACUUUCGAGGUUCGACUCGGAGGACCGUCGUCAAGACUAUGGAUUUAUCGGCUUGGGUCGUCAAGAUCAAGGCGAACGAGCCGAACUCCUCGAGACCGCAGGGUAGAACGCCCGCUACGGAGAAUGGGAGCACUCGUAUGGGUAGGGUCGAUUCGCCCGACCAGGCCGUCGACUCGAGACGAUCCGAUCGAACACAGUCGAUUACGCCGCAGGUCAAGACGACGCAAGAUGUGCGGGCACAGAACGUCGUUGCCAAAGUCGACCACGAGGGCGUCAAAGUCAAGAGUGUGUCAUGUCCGACCAACUUCUCGAAGAUCACCCAGGCAUGGAACUCGGCGCGGCCUUCGACUAGCGAUCUUCGACCGAGUCAGCCAGCGCCAGAGGAGCCCGAGCCAGCAAGUUUCGACGGUGACAAGAUGAUCGAUCUCAGUCGAGCGGGCGUCAACAAGAAUAGCGAACAAGCCGAACAAGCCCUCUCCCUCGUCGUGACCAAACAGGACUUUGCCUGCAUGAGCAUCGUCGGUCAAUUCAACCACGCUUUCAUCAUCGCUCGAAGAACACGAAGAUCGACAUCGUCAGGAGGGGACAAGACGCCGAUUCCGCUUCAAGAUGAUCUGUUCAUCAUUGAUCAGCAUGCAUCGGAUGAGAAGUACAAUUACGAGGAUUUGCAAAAAUCGACGGUGAUUCAGUCCCAGAGGUUGAUACAGUAGGCCCCUUCUCUAUCAUCAACGAAAUACCAGACUGCACAGCGGAUCCUAAUCUCCUUCCUCCCACAUACAUGCACAGACCACGGACCUUGCAUCUCUUGGCGCAGGACGAGUUGUUGGCUAUCGAGCAUGCAAAAACACUGCGGCUUAACGGUUUUGAGGUCUUGCUUGAUGAAGAUGCGAAGGUGGGAGAGAGGGUCAAAUUGGUUGCUCAGCCCGUUAGUGGGAGUACCACAUUUGGUGUUUCAGGUUCGUCUAUGAUCCCCGAGUUUCGGCUGAUGACUUGACUAAUUUUCCUUUUCCUUUCUAUAGACCUUGAAGAACUUUUGGAACUCCUGAAAGGCAGCGAUUGGAGCCACCAUGGUCAUGCUCCCCGACCGAGCAAAGUGCAAAAGAUGUUCGCGAGUCGAGCUUGUCGCAAGAGCGUCAUGUUUGGGCAUGCGUUGAAUGAGGCGCAGUCGGCUUCGGUAAGAGAUGAUGGGCACUUGUCAUUAUUGUCGGGUGUGGCAUAUGCUGAUGGAUUGUGAGUGAUUUGCUGGGAACCGUAGAUCGUCAGGAAUAUGAGCCAGAUGGAUCGACCUUGGGUGAGUGGCGCGCUGCUGCUGACCGAAAUUUUCGUCAAACUGACAAUUGAUUUUCGAUGUGCGACGUAUCACAACAGAGCUGCCCUCAUGGUAGACCUACAAUGCGUUGGGUGAGUUGUUGAACAUAUUGCAGUCGAGUACUCUGGUACUCGAAUGUGUUCGGCUGACCUCCCGUUUCCCACUUUGUCCGCGAAGCUGAGUCGAGUUCCACAGGCUUUAGGGGUUCGAGGUGACGGUCGGACGGAUGUGGGUAAAUUGGUGGGGAGUUUGAUAAAGUGA